GGGGGAAGUCAGUGUUUGUCUCUUUAUGCAAGAGCCUUUGCACCAGCAGGGUUCACAGAGGAGGAAGGCACGUGAACAGAUGCAGAGCAGGGACGCUAUGAGCCCGCAGGACUCCAAGGCCGCUGGGGCAGAGGCCAUGGAGGGACACAAGGCCCAAAGCCACAAUCAGGGGCGUAUGGAGCCCACAGCGCCUCCGCUUCCUCCUCCUUCACCACCACCAACGGGGCCGCCGGAAUACCCGCGGCCGAGGCUUAUUUUCCACACGCAGCUGGCUCACGGAAGCCCCACAGGCCGAAUUCAUGGAUUCACCAAUGUCAAGGAGCUGUAUGCCAAAAUUGCUGACGUUUUCAGCAUCUCUCCCUCCGAGAUCCUGUUCUGCACCCUCAAUUCCUAUAAGGUAGACAUGCAGAAGUUACUCGGAGGGCAGAUUGGACUGGAGGACUUCAUAUUUGCUCACGUCAGAGGAGAGACUAAGGAGGUGGAGGUGACCAAGACAGAGGAUGCGCUGGGCCUCACCAUCACAGACAAUGGUGCUGGAUAUGCAUUUAUUAAGAGAAUAAAAGAAGGCAGCACAAUAGAUCGACUGAAGACGGUGUGUGUCGGUGACCACAUCGAGGCCAUCAAUGACCAGAGCAUUGUUGGAUGUCGACAUUACGAAGUGGCCAAGAUGCUGAAAGAGCAACCAAGAGGCAUUCCCUUCACGCUACGCCUGGUGGGACCCAAGAGGGCCUUUGACAUGAUCGGAAUGAGGACCAAAGCACCGAAGUCUAAUGAAGGCAAAAUCGUCAAUGGAAGGGAAACCCUGCGCCUCCGUUCCAGAGGUUCCUCUUCUGUUCAGGAAGUGCAGAAUGAGAUUGAAGAACAGGCCACCAUGAAAGUGGAUGACCUGCUCGAAAGCUACAUGGGCAUUCGAGAUUUAGAGCUCGCAACCACCAUUGUGGAAGCAGGCAAAGACAAGAAGAACCCUGAUGACUUUGCAGAGUCUCUGGACUCAGUUCUGGGAGAUUUCGCUUUUCCUGAUGUGUUUUUGUUUGACGUAUGGGGAGCAAUUGGAGACGUCAAGAAUGGGAAAAUCUAGAUUUGUUUGGAGACCAUUGAGCGGUGCUCCCUGGCACAUCUAAUUAUGAGAAGGCAUUGUAGCCUUCUCAUAUCUGACAUGAAUUUUUAAUUCAUUCAUACAUGUUUAAUGCUUGCAUGCAUUUAACAUUUAUGCAAGAAUAACUUUCUUCUACAAUUAUGGCAGGGACUGAAAUGAGUGUAUGCUUUAUGUCUUGGUCUCCAGUAACAUUAUUGUUCACCUCAGAAUGAGAAUCUGACUACCAUGUACAUUUUCAGGUCAAAUAAAUAAUGUACAGAAAAUG